AUGCUGCCUACUUGGCCAAAGGAAAAUGUCUGAAUGUUUUGGAGCUAAUGGUCGCAAGAUCAUCAUGCCUAUAGUUCGUAAUUCAAAAAAGUCUCUUACACCUCAGAUUUCUGAUUUAACAAGUGAAUCUUACGAACAGCUGGAUUUUUUGCCUGACAAGUUAAGAACAAAGCUGCUUCCAUUCCAGAAAGAUGGCAUCAUUUUUGCCCUCAGAAGAGAUGGCAGGUGUAUGGUGGCUGAUGAAAUGGGCCUAGGAAAAACAAUCCAGGCAAUUGCAAUUGCUUAUUUCUAUAAAGAAGAAUGGCCUCUCUUAAUAGUGGUCCCUUCAUCUCUGAGGUACCCGUGGACAGAAGAAAUAGAGAAAUGGAUCCCAGAGGUAGAGCCUGAGGAAAUCAAUGUUAUUCAGAAUAAAACUGAUGUUGGGAGAAUAUCAAUCAGCAAAGUGACAGUUCUGGGUUAUGGGCUUUUGACCACAGAUGCAGAGACUUUGAUAGAUGCCCUGAAUAAUCAGAACUUCAAAGUAGUGAUAGUGGAUGAGUCACACUACAUGAAAUCUAGAACUGCAACCCGCAGCAAGAUUUUAUUGCCAAUAGUGCAGAAAGCCCAAAGAGCCAUUCUUCUUACAGGAACUCCAGCUUUGGGAAGGCCUGAAGAGCUUUUCAUGCAGAUUGAAGCUCUCUUUCCACAAAAAUUUGGAACAUGGACUGAGUAUGCUAAAAGAUACUGCAAUGCACAUGUCAGAUAUUUUGGUAAAAGACCUCAGUGGGAUUAUAGAGGAGCAUCAAAUCUUAAUGAACUUCACCAACUAUUAAGUGGCAUAAUGAUUAGAAGAUUAAAGUCUGAAGUUUUAACCCAGCUGCCUGCUAAAAUCAGACAGCGAAUUCCAUUUGACCUUCCAGCAGCAGCAGCCAAGGAGUUGAAUACCAGCUUUGAAGAAUGGCAAAAAUUAAUGAGAGCUCCAAAUUCAGGUGCCACAGAGACUGUUAUGGGGUUGAUUACUCGCAUGUUUAAACAAACUGCUAUUGCCAAGGCAGGUGCUGUAAAGGAUUAUAUUAAAAUGAUGCUUCAGAAUGAUUCACUUAAAUUUCUGAUUUUUGCUCACCACUUAAGUAUGCUCCAAGCUUGCACAGAAGCAGUCAUUGAGAACAAGGCUCGUUACAUUAGGAUAGAUGGAAGCGUUCCAUCUUCAGAAAGAAUCCAUCUGGUUAAUCAGUUUCAAAAGGAUCCUGAUACUCGUGUGGCUAUCCUGAGCAUUCAGGCUGCUGGCCAGGGUUUAACAUUUACUGCUGCAAGUCAUGUUGUAUUUGCUGAGCUGUAUUGGGACCCUGGACAUAUAAAACAAGCAGAAGACCGUGCUCACCGAAUUGGGCAGUGCAAUUCUGUGAAUAUUCAUUACCUCAUUGCAAAUGGUACUCUAGAUACCCUUAUGUGGGGAAUGUUGAACCGAAAGUUUGAAAAAGAAAAACAGCAUGAUAUUCGAUCAUUCUUUUUACCAAAACCUACAAAGAAACAGUUGGAGACAACCUGUGAUGAAUCAAGAAUAUUCCCAGAUAAAAAUACUAUAUCAGAGCCUAGAAAAGUAGCUACUAGAGGUACUAUUCAUUGUGGACGUGAUUUUGAACCUGAAGCUAAAAGAUUGAAACUGACUACCACCAAUGACCACAGCAGUCCUCCUGAGGAGAAUCCAUCCUGGUCCAAACCAACCAAAACUGUACGCAUAGAAAAUGACCCUGAGGCCAAGUCCCUGUCAACCACCCCAGCCCAUCCUAGAAAGACCUGGCAAUGUGCCUUCUGUACCUUUAUCAAUGAUUCCGUGCUUCCUUAUUGUGAAAUGUGUGAGAACCCAAAAGGCAGUUCUGGCAGCAUCAACUGUAUCCAGGACAAAAACAAAAAUGAGGAAGAUAAUUCUCAGAAAGAUACCUCCAAAAAAGUUGAUGCAAGCUCAGACUGUGAAAAACAAGUCCUUGGACAGUUAGCUCCUGACCAAUUGAUGGAGAACAAAGAAGAAAUGAUAGAAGUUGAGAAGGAAAACAGACUCAUACCCCAGGGAGUAGAGCAGUUGAAGCAUUCAGACACUCUGCCAGUGUACGAUACCUUAAUGUUUUGUGCAAGUAAGAAUACUGACCGAAUUCACCUCUAUACUAAGGAUGGAAAACCUAUGAAUUGUAACUUCAUUCCUUUGGAUAUAAAAUUAGACCUUUGGGAAGACUUACCAGCAAGUUUUCAACUGAAACAUAAUCGCUCACUGAUUUUGAGGUUUGUUCGAGAGUGGAAUUGUCUGACUGCCAUGAAGCAAAGGGUAAUUAGGAAAAGUGGACAGCUGUUCUGUAGCCCAAUCCUUGCAUUGGAAGAGAUCACAAAACAACAAGCCAAACAAAAUAGUACCAAAAGAUACAUCACUAAAGAAGAUGUUGCUGUUGCCUCAAUGAACAAAGUGAAGAAUGAUGGUGGCUGCAUUCGUCUGAUCAUGAAAGACUCUAGGCCUCAGGACCCUUCCAAAAAAGAGCUCCUUGAAGAUGGAAAUUCUUCCACAUCUCAAGAUGAUCUCAUUGUGAAUCCUUCUACAUCUAAAGGGUAUUUGCAAGCUGUGGAUAAUGAAGGAAAUCCACUUUGCCUUCGCUGUCAACAUCCCACUAAUCAAGAGUAUCAAGCAAAUGCUUGGGAUUCACGGUUUUGUUCUCUGAAAUGUCAGGAAGAAUUUUGGAUUCGAUCUAAUAAUUCUUACCUUCGAGCCCAAGUAUUUGAAACUGAACAUGGGGUAUGUCAGCUAUGUAAUGUGAAUGCACAAGAACUCUUUUUAUGUGUGAGAGAUGCCCCUAAAAGUCAGAGGAAGAAUCUUCUAGAUGCUACUUGGACUUCAAAGCUCCCAUUGGAACAGCUGAAUGAAAUGAUAAGAAACCCAGUAGAAGGACAUUUCUGGCAGGUGGAUCACAUGAAGCCAGUGUAUGAAGGAGGAGGACAGUGUUCCCUGGACAACCUACAGACUCUCUGCACAGUCUGUCACAAGGAGAGAACUGCCAGACAAGCCAAAGAAAGAAGCCAAAUGAAAAGACAAUCUCUAGCAUCAAAGCAUGGAUCAGACAUCACACGAUUUUUGGUAAAGAAGUAGAAUGGAAAAUAUAAUACAUGGAUGACAUGGUUUGCAUAUGGAAGAAUUAAACACAAUCCUUUCAUGUUUAUGUAGUAUUUGAAGAGUGAAAAAUUUAGAACAUAAAUCAAGAAUUCAGAUUCAGGCUUUGUUCUAAGUAUUUUUCAGUAUGAAAUACUUUUUUGAAAGUACUUAACUGAAUAUUUCUAUGGUCUAAUUGAUUUCAAGCAGAAUCUCAAUUAUGUUUCAGAAAGAUUUUUCUUCAGCAUUUAGUUCCCCUAGUAUGUCUUAAUUACUAUAUUAUGCAUACAUAUUACUUGAAGAAUAUACUCUAAAUUACCUGCAAAAAUGCUUCUAGAUUAGUAUUGGUUCAGAACUGUUGUUAGUAUAAAUGGAACAUUGCAAAACAAUAAGGAAAAUUGCAGUGGUGAAUCAUCAUUAUUCAGGAAUUCUGGGCCAAGCAUGACCAGCCUACUUAGUAUACAAGAGAGAUUUGUUCAUUAACUGCCUCUAAAAUAAGCUUCGGUUACUUAUUUUGAAUAUUAACGUUUUUGCUUUAUUUCUCAGCCAGUAAUCUGUUGAAGCUAAAUUGUUCCUGUGGUGUUUAUGGGUAAUUUGGGUGUUCUGGAUAAUUAUUAAAGCUAUUAAAUAACUGAAAACAUAAAAUAUAAAUGCCACAUGAGCCUUUUUUUCUGAGAGUUUUUCUUUUGUUUUAGUUUUUGAUAUGUAAAAUUAGGCUUGGCAUGCUUUGUCAGCUGGUUGUCAUAUUUUGCUUUUAAAAUCCUCUUUUUAGUAUUUAUUUCUCAUACCUCUUUAAAAAGAAUGAUGGCAAAUAUUGUGUGGAAAAGCAGAAUCAGAUAAGUUAUAUAAACUUUAAAAUACAGUGGUAAUACUAACAUGUAAUUGCACCUUUAAAAUGGCUGAGUGCCUACUCCUGUUGUAAUGUCGAGUCAUAAAAGUGAAGAGUCAGAACUACACAAAGUAUAGUCCAAGGAAGAACUGCAUUUUCCAAAAUACAUGCUUAUCAAUAUCAUUUGGAUGUAAGCCUCAUUAGUUUGAACAUUUCCUUAUUUUAAUUAGUACCUUGCCUUUUACAAAGAGUAUUCAAUCAUGAAUACCCCUUCCAGAGUUGUUAUUAAUUAGUAUUUCUUGUAUAAGAUCAAAUAAUUCUAUUUCUUUUAUAAAUGAGGUUGAGAUUUCUUUGGCCCCUUUUCUGUUUUGCGGCUGAAGCUUUUGAGCAGGUUUUUGCCUCAUUUCCAGGGUAACCUAGGAUUUGUCAAGGCUGAGAGCCUAGAAGUCCAAAGCCUGGCACACUUUCUUCCAUCAUGGGGUGUUUGCAAGGCAGAAUAUAGUCUAAGUAGGUCAGAUGUGAUUUGUACUUGUUCUUUAGGUCAUACUAAGGUAGAAAUUCUAAGCAUAAAGUACUCAGUUGUAGAAUUUGUAUGAUAGCUUGAGGUAAGGUGAUUCAUGAAAAUGGUUUCCCUUUAAUCCAGGUUUCAAAAUUCUUUUUUUGUAUUCUUUUUUUUAUUUUUAU